GUUAUUGAUGCUUUGCACCUGGAAGUCCACAAAUUGUGUGUUGGCAACCUACAUCAUCCUCGCGGCAGCCACCCAAUAACGCGUCGUGAAUCUGGACAACUCAGACAUUCAAUCAACCAGCCUGUCGCCUUACUGUCAGUAGUACUCCCUACUGCCUACCAACUCAACAGGGGGCUAUGUAUGGAAUGCUGUGGCGAUAAACUGGUGAGAAGGACCCUCGAGUUAAGCUCAACUCUUCCAGGUUAGCGUUCGCCUCGUUCCAGGGUUUCUCGCCGACGGUUACCGCAAGAAGUCGCUGGGCUACAAACAAUGAUAUUAUCCGCAUAGCUCGCUUCCCGGCCAUUGAAGAUCUCAUCGCAAAUCAUGGCCGAUUCUCUUCCUAUGUAUGCUGCUGGGGCCGUUGGUGACAAUGGGGUGGACUUGGACGACCCGUUUGUCUCCAGUACGCCGGCUGGAAACCAUACGCAACGCGAACCGCACCGUUAUUCCUCCUUUGACGCGCAGCUUUUCACCCUCAACACGUCCUCGCCUGCGCAAGCGAAACGUGCUCUCGAGGCGCAUUUGGCUGAAACAGAACGCAGAUUAGAGGAAACGUCAAAUCUUGGCACCGCCCUCAUAGAACAGCAGAGAGAGCUCAUGGACAAGUUAAAGGAGGUCGAACAACAACAUACAGACGGUGAGAUCGGACCCGAUUUACGGCGGAAACUCAAUGAUCUGGAGAGGGAGUACAACGAGAUUGGUCGUGAGACCGCUCGAGUUGCGCUCGGUCCAAAAGUCCGGCUAACGGGCCAGGAAGAUGGCCUGGCCACCCCGUCGUUGGAUUCUCGUCAUCAUGCAAGUCCAUCCGUGUUCUCCAGUCAAGCUACCAAUUCACCCUCCAAGGUUACCGUGCCUUCUCGAAAGCAGCGCAACCAGCCCUCGAGCCGCGUACAUGACAUCGAAUUCGCAACCGAAAUCAGUACUUCUCUGCUCGCUCAAGUCCGUCAACUGCAGGCGCUGCUUGCAGAAAGAGAAGAAGCGAUCAAAGCCCUCACACUUGAAAAGUCUCACCUUGAACUUGAAGCCGAAGGCUUUACACAACGACUUCGGGCACUGGAUGAGAGCGAACAGCGGUACAAGGAUGAAAACUGGAGCUUAGAAACCCAAACACAUGAUCUCCUCGCUGCCGCCAAAGAAGCUUCUGACCGUGAAAGCCGUUUGACAAGUAAUCUGAAUGCGCUCACGGUGGAAAAAAACAACAUCCAACGGGAACUGGACGAGCUGAAACAAGCCAAUGGCAGACUUGUUGAGGAGAAUAUGGCUACCCAGAAGGCUCUCGAUUCCGAACUUCAUAUUCUCAGACGGAACAUAACUCUUGGGGAAUCUGAGCGCAAUGCUCUUCAGCAAAAGGUUGAUGAGUUAGCAGGGCAAAACCAGGAACUAGCUAAAGCCGUCGCCGCAAAACUACGUCAACACGAAGCGGACUCAGCGAAAGACCCCAACUCGGAGGAUAACAGGAAGGCAUCGGAUGACCUAACCCCCGAGAACUCUCCACCUCCUUCGCCAAACAAACCAACGCCCCGUCAUGGUCUUUUGGAGUCCGAGACCUUGAAAAGCUCUCUGCAUCAUGCCCACCGUAUGAUUCAAACCUUAAAGGGCACGAUUCAUAGAGAGAAGACCGAAAAAAUAGAGCUGAAGCGCAUGUUGCAAGACGCCAGGGACGAGCUGGAACAGCGCCGCGCAGAGCCAGUCCGCCCAAUUAGCUCACAUAAUAGGCGCCAAAAACCCAAAGGGGACAACUUCAAGAAGCCGGCACGCCCUGAGAUGCUUGGAGCUGGAAGAAAAGGUAUCACACAGAUCGAAGUUGCGGAGCCAGAAUGGGAAGACGAAGGUGAACCAAGUCCAACUCGUGUCGCUCGACCAAAUAAACGGGCUGUUUCAUAUGGCAACUCCGGAAUUGAAUCUAGCACAACCAGCGAUGCCUAUCAGACAGCCAAUGAAACUGAGGCCUUCGAGACCGCUAACGAGCGUGAGGUCACUACUGAGAGCGAAGCUUUCCAAACCGGCACUGAGAAUUUCAUCGAUGAAAGCAGCGAUGACCUCACGGAGACUGAAUCCCGCACUAUGCAUACGGGUACCAUUCGGCCUCGACGAUCCGGGCAACUCAAUUCUACCAGGCCCAUGUCUUUUGCCAGCACUGCCUCGACGUCUGGAGAUGAGGACGAAUAUAUUGAAGUGCGAACUCCUGUUCAACACCAGCCACCACGCUAUCGGAUUAAAAUGAGUCGUGGAAGACGAGGGCGUGUGUCACAGGAGUCACAUAUACGGCAAGGAAGCGCCCCGCUAAGUCCUCGUGAUUCUCCGGCAAGUUUAAACAGCCCCCCACAGAGCCCCCGACAAAGGGAAAUCUCUGGGGGCCAAAGCCUCUUUGCCGAACUCAGUGGUUUAGCUGGAGCUGGAAGUGACAGCGAGUUUGGGGCGCCUCUCCGUUCAAGCACCAUGUCUGAGACGUCUACUCCAAGCCGCCGUCAAAGUUUCGCGACGCUUGCGGAUUCAAGCCGACCGGUAACAGCAAGGGAAAUAGUCAUGGUUGAUUCUUGUACUAUGACUGAACCCCUUCCGCCAGCAGUCCCUGCACAAUUCGAAAUUGUUUCCCCCCCCGAAACUACCUCCGAUUAUAAGGACGCAGAGACGUCGACAGCGCCGCGCGAAGUAGUAGACGCGUUCACCACCUUUGAAAGAAUCGUCAUUGACUCUGCCACCCAGUGUAUGCCCAUGGAAACUCCCCUCCUGGCUAAAAGCGAGCCUGCUGUUACCAUUGAUAUCGCGCCAGAAAUACCGGACACAGAUGCCAAUUAUGACUCUCUUCAUGCUACCAUCGAGACACCGCCCUCUCCGGUUAUGCUCCCAAUGGAACCGACCAUCCUAGACAUUUCCCCAAUUUACUCCGAGCAGACUGCCCCGAUCUCGCCAAUGCCAAUUGAUCUUCAAUCUCGGCGACCCUCUGUGCGCAUGGAUAUGUCGGUCAUUGCUUUUGAGGAUAGUCGCCCUUCUCUUCCUGCUGUUACACCAUCAAAAUCUUCGUUGGAUCUGUCUAUGUCAUCAAUUCAAUCCACAUCCACGAACCCCCUUGCAGCGGUUCCCGUCUCCCUACCCGAAUCAAAACGUGCCCAGGUCCUUGAGUUCUCAACUAUCUUUGAGGUUGGAACCUCCCCGAAGGAGGCGAUUUUCCCUACUGUGCCUCCUAUGGCUCUAGAAGUGUCCAAUAUUCAAUGCGUGGAAUCCCUGCCCGUGAAACCUGUACCCACGAUCCUAAGUGUAGAGCCGCCCACGGAUACCUUGAAAUUGAACGGUAUAGGAGCUCAGCCCUGCCCGCCUCAAGUGACCGAUCGCGCCACUCAGUCUCAGAUUUCGACUAUGGAUAGAGGAAUCAGUACUUCGCCUUUACCUAAAAUUGAGACAGAAAGCCAGGGUAGUCAGACUGCCCUGACUGAGGUACUGGAAACGGGUGAACGAUCUUCUCAAGUUCAAAUCAGCACUGCGGAAAUAUCCUCUCAGACCAUCUUGACCGGCUUCCAGAUUGAUAAGCUUCUCAUGGAACGUCAAGCCAGUCGCCCAGUGACUGCCAUCGAAAGUAGCCAAGCACAAGCUGCUAUAAUAAGCACGCAAAGCUCUCCCUUGACUACGCCGAAAGCGAAACAGCUAUCCUCUGCCCAGACAGGCUUGCUCCGCCCGAACAAUGCGACUAGACGACCUGAUAGUUCUGGCAGUCAACGCCUGGGCAACAGCCUUUCCGUUCCACCCCUUCCCGUUGAUCAUAAACAGACCAUCGCUGCAGCAUCGCAGAGACUAUCUUCAGAGGCGUCUCCAAGCGUGAUGGGACCGCCCAUUGCUCCAGCUUCAUCGUACCGCAGUUCCAGCCAAAUCAGACCGCGUACGCCAAGCGAGCAGCCCAGCCGUAAUUCAGCCCGAAAUCAAAGCACUCCACAGACGAAGUUUCGCCGUACGAGUACCAGCAUGGCGUCUCGCCGGUCCUCCAUAUCGUCUUUUGCCUCGGAGCUGGAUGAAAGGUUUAAUAUCGCGAAAGCGACAUAUCCUUUUGAAUCCGGUGCCGAUCCUCGCAUGAUUCAAGCCAUUACGCAGACAAUGAUUGGGGAAUUUUUGUGGAAGUACACCCGCAAGCUUGGUAGAUCGGAUAUGUCGAACACUAGGCAUCAACGAUACUUCUGGGUUAACCCGUACACUCGGACAUUAUACUGGGGUCCCCACGAUCCUCAAGUGCUUGCAAAGUCCCAGCAAAGGUCCAAGAGCGUUGCCAUUGAAGCUGUUCGUGUUGUCAAUGACGAUAACCCCUAUCCACCCGGCCUUCAUCGGAAGAGUUUGGAGAUCAUUACGCCUGGUCGAACACUCAAGUUUACGGCGGCAACAAGCCAACGCCAUGAGACAUGGUUCAAUGCUCUCUCAUAUUUGCUCCUUCGAACUACCGAUGAUGAAACUGAGGAGCAGGAUGUGGUGUGGGAAGCUGGUAGUGAUUACAACGCAACAAAUGGACGGAACUCCCGGCAAGCGGAAUCGAGAAGAUCAAUCUCUUCCCAUAAUAGUCGGGCUGCUCGUACAAUUUCCAAACAGUUUGUUGAGACGGUUCCCACGCUUCGUCGGCCAGUGACUCCGAACCAGCCAUCGCCGUCUCCGUCUAGUCGCCCGGGUUCAUCCUUGCGACCCGACCAGACAAGACCUGGCUCUGUGACCCGGAUCAGCAAUGUGUUCAGGUCUUCAGGGAUUAAAUCGACGUUCUCAAGUCGUAGGAGCAGAUACGGCAAUGCUGGUGGAAGCAUUGACAGUACGAGUGCUGCUAGCAAUGACAGUGCUGAGGAGCUGAGGCGUGUGAUUGAGAGACAAGACCGGGAGGCUGAUCGGCUGGAGAAUGUGCGGGCUUGCUGUGAUGGGAAACAUGAUGUUAGCGCCCUCUCGAGGACAAGCCGAUACAGCGCCAGAAUCAGCCCCCUAUCCCACCAUGUUCACAGCUGAGUUCUUCAACUGCUGCAUUGUCGUCUGUUCCCGAUCAUUUACUCGAAAGCUUCGACAACGUAUUUUAUAGAAAAGCAUAUUGGCAAGCCGUAUGUUGUGGACGAAUUUCCUUGCGUUUUUUUGACUUGAAUGUUUUCUUUCCCUAUUUCGGUGCUCUUUUAAUGAUUACUCGGUGCAUUACAUAAACCCAAUAUUCCUUGUCAGGUCUAAUAUUUCUGUUCGUCUUUUGGUUUUGCUUUGGAGGAUGAGCCACCAAUUUGUCGUUGAAGUUCUCCGCUCCAUCCGCAAUCAUAAAUCGUGAAUCCUGCUUCACUUCUGAGAUUUUGUUGUUGCAGAGCAACUGGUCAUGUCGCUUCUUCCUUUAAUAUGUUUUGACUGUUUUUCUUGUGGUUGGCGCAAUUAUAAUGUCGAUUCAGCGUCCUCCGACUUUCACUCUCUUGCCUGCUUACGCCGUCGUAAUCCCUUUCCUUUCUACGGUGCUCA